ACUCUCAACCAAUAGUGUGAAAUGGCCCGUACGAAGCAAACUGCCCGUAAAUCGACUGGAGGCAAGGCCCCGCGCAAGCAGCUGGCCACCAAGGCUGCUCGCAAGAGUGCUCCGGCCACCGGAGGUGUGAAGAAGCCGCAUCGCUACCGUCCGGGAACCGUAGCCCUGCGUGAAAUCCGUCGCUACCAGAAGUCGACCGAGCUGCUCAUCCGCAAGCUGCCCUUCCAGCGUCUGGUUCGUGAGAUCGCUCAGGACUUCAAGACCGAUCUGCGCUUCCAGAGCUCGGCUGUGAUGGCCCUGCAGGAAGCCAGCGAGGCCUACCUUGUCGGCCUGUUCGAGGAUACCAAUCUGUGUGCCAUUCACGCGAAACGCGUCACCAUCAUGCCGAAAGACAUCCAGCUGGCUCGUCGUAUCCGUGGAGAGCGCGCCUAA